AUGUGUAGCAUUAGGGGGGAUGCCGACAAGUGUGUGUAUCAGCAAUCUGUUGCCGGAAAACACAAGGCAGCGUUGGCUCGUUCUCAAUACGAUUUAUCUCCAGGUCCCGGUCCCGGCAUGCCGGGCGACAACUCUGCUCGCUACUCUUGUGAUGCCGUCCUUAGGUCUGGCUUUAAUGGAACACAUCUACCACGAGCAGUGAAAUCAGAUUCCUUGGAGACUGUUCGUGGAACAGGCGAGACGAGCCAUCAUAUACGUCCCACAGAAAACCCUCGCCCAGAACGAGCAAGUUUUGGUCCAUCUUCGACUCUUUUUUUUAUUCAGCAGAUAGCUGCCGCAGUCGAGCCCGUAGGAGGAAUGCGGAGGGAUGGGAGCCCCACGCUUACAUCGUCGUUGAAUCAAAAGACCGUUCCCGAUGCCAUCGGCUUUUCGGUUUCUGCCAAGGAGGAAGAACCAUAUGACAGCGAGACUCUGUCGCUUCCUGAAAAGCAGCUCUCGGAUUCCCUUCUCGAGGCCUACUGGCAAUACUUACACCCGAUUUUCCCCGUCCUACAUCGACCAACCUUCAUGAAGCAAUAUCACAAGCUUUGGCAACCUGAAAUAGCCUCUCUUCCCUUCCGCAAGAAUACAAACAGCGAUAUUGUGUUUCUUGCUGUAGUAAAUAUGGUUCUCGCCGUUGGUUGUCAGCAGUGCUAUGACUUCUCAGCUGAACGAAGACAGAAGGAUGCGGAAGCUUUAUACAAACGAUCUUUUCGUCUGGUCUCCAUCGAAACUUUGGACUUCUACUCCUUGGAGGUCGUGCAGUUAUUCCUUCUGAGAGCUAUUUUUCUGCAAAGUACCUCUCAUUCUGCUCGCUGUUGGAGCAUGCUGGGCGUAGUCGUACGAGCAGCACAGGGACUACGGCUCAACACUGAUACCGUUGAGACCAACCAGCUAGAGAGGGAAAUGAGACACGAUGAGUAUCUGUCAGAGAGCGAAGAGGGCCACCAGCCAGAGAACAUUCCUUCUCGCUUAGCAUUCUUCAAUCACUACAUUACACUUUGCGACAUAUCAAGAGACAUCAUGGACAGACUAAAUGCGGUUGGGGGCAACUCAUCAGAACAAAACGGAAUCACUGCUUUGACUCAAUAUCUUAGCGAGAUGCCCAAGCUGUGUCUGAGGUUGGACGAAUUCCUGGGCGGCUUGCCUAGCCAUCUUGAAAACCAUGUUUACGGCAUUCAUGGCCUGCUGGAGGAUUGUUUCCAUAUGCAAGGCCAGAUCCUGAGAACACGGGCACUCUAUAUCCGGGUUACUAUCCUUCGACCAUGUUUGCUCGCGACAAUUCGGUAUCCUAUCAUAGGACAAGAAGCUUGCAAAGAUGCUGCCAUACCAGGUCUUCUUAGCAACUUGACCAAGGACACAAAUAAGCUUUGCGUGUCCACUGCAUGCACAGUUCUUCGUGAACUACGCCAGAAUUUACGACUUAUUUAUCGAUCAUCGACGUGGCACACGUUGAGAUUGACAUUUGGCUCGGCGACAGUCUUGCUGGCAGCUAGUUUAAUCCCUGAUAUGGAUAUCAAUUUGAACCAGGAGCCGAUAAAAACCUCAUGGGACCAUGCCACUGAUAUUUUCGAAUUCUACAAGUCGCAAGAAGCAUCUGCCCAGCACGGUCUUCGGGCCUUGCGCGACUAUCGUCGGCGAUUUGAGGCUGUGAGGCUUCGGGGCCAGCACCAUCAGCAACCCCAAUCGAUACAGCCGGAGAUAAUGCCAUCUUCAUCUGUAAACACGUUACCUGGUAUUGAGGACAAUUGGCUAGCGUCUGCAGUGCCCAACAUUGACUUCACCUCACAAAACAUGCAUGAUUGGGAUUGGCUUGAUCCAGAAUUGCCAAACUGGAUGCUGCUAUGA